AUGUCGGACGGCUCCAUCUUGCACUCCAUCCCAGAUUUGCAGUGGCUAAGCGCGCACUACAAUCAGUUUGUGCGGUGCAACUCCAGCGCAGGCUCCAGCGGCGGUGACGACUCGGCCGACGCCUUUGGCUCCUCUGCAGGAUCCGCCCAGUCGCAAACCACAAACCAAUUCAUGGCCCGCUCCCAUCACGCGAGCGCGAUCAGCAUCACGCUCAUCGCCAUUGCAGUUGUCUGCUUCGUGGCCGCCUUGAUCUUUACGAUCAUCUACAUGCGCAAGCGUCGCGCCGAGAAAAACCUUGUGAUCCUCGAGGAAGGCAAGGUCGUCGACCCGUCGGACCAAGAGGCCCUCUUCCUCGAGUGCGCGACGCCGGACGGCGUUCCCAUGGCCAAGAAAAUCGACAUGUAA